AUGGACUCUGUGACCAACUUUUUCAGGGUAGAUGAGCCCAGUCAAGACUCUCUAUAUUCCAGGGAAUCUCAGUCAAAUUAUGAUGGUAAUAAGGGUGGACAGAAUACCAGGUCAAGUGACAAUGUAAGUAACCCAUCCGCCAAACUUAAUAAUUCUGGCCGGCCUCCCUCACAGGUAGGUUCAUUGCAACAGGCUAUGACCGACACGCUUAUUGAAAAGGUGAUAGCAAUGGCUCUUCCUCCAACGACAGAAAAUGCAAAGGAUACGCUUGCUACCCGAAUGGCGUAUAGCAAGACGAGGCCUAGUUUAUCUGUACCAAUUACUAGCAAAAAUUUUAUAAUGAUGAACUCCAGAUUGAGCAUACCAUUUAUUCUUAUCAAUGAAAUAAUUAAAAUAUUUGACUGGGAAAAUAUUCCAUACACCCUCUCGAUACUGCUAAUGUACACUUUUUUGGUAUUGAAACCAAUUAUUACAAUUACCACAGCACCUUUGUUUUACAUCUUAUUUGGUAUUAUGGUUCCACAGUACAUAUAUAUUCAUAAACCUAAUGAUUGUCCUCUACUGGACAGAAAUUUGAACCCAGCUCAGGGCGCUCCACUAAGAAAUCCAUGUCUUCCCGAGCCCACGCCACAAUUUAGUCAAGAAUUUAUUCUGAAUGUUACCGAUUUACAAAAUCAUAUGCUUCUAUAUGUCAUGCUGUAUGAUUUCAUAUGCUCAAACUUGGAAAAAUUUGCAUACUUCACGAAUGAGCAGAUUUCAUGUGUAGUUUUUGUGACAUUGUUAGCUUUUGCGUUACUUAAUGUCACUCUUAUCGAGACUAUAUGUGGUCUAUUACCUAUUAAGUUAUUAUUUUUGAUUGCAGGUUGGGGAUUUAUGGCAGUUAUGCAUCCCGCCCUACGACACUCUGUUCUUGCUAAAAUGCAAUCAAGCUGGUUGGAAGAAAAACUUAAUGAUUAUAACACUCGAUUUCAACACGCUAUUAAGGAGAACCUAAGGUUUGUUGAGGCAAGAGAGCAAAAGGUGGUCGCCAUUUUUGAAAUUCAAAAAUACAAAGAAAAAUAUAAAGAAUGGCGCUCCAUUGGUUUUUCAAAUGAUGACUAUAGUCUAUUUUCCGGUAUAAGGAUCAAUGAAAUUGAUAUUUCCAAACAUUGCGUUAAGAUAUUGGAUGAAGUUGAACCGCCUAUUGACUGGGAAUGGUCGGAGGGAUCGAACUGGAUUUUAGAUUUAAAACCAAAAGAAUGGGUAGCGGAGAGAUUUAUACAAUAUGUGGAUAUAGACACUGAAACAAAAUGGGUGUACGAUGUAGAUUUUAAUGGCUGUCGUGGUCAGUAUAGAAGAAGGAUGUGGACAAAUCUCUGUUCUAGGAAGUGUGAGAAGAGAAGAGAUAGUGCUGCAAGCAUUGUGACGAAAGGAGCUGAUGGCAAAUACGAACAUGGUACGCCCGUUCUUACAGAAGAAAUAGUGAAUCCUAUGAGAAAGGAAAAAUUAUCGACGAGUCAUUUACACGGGGUCACUCUCCGGUCAAUGUCUGGCUCUAAUCCAGAUUCUUCAAGACAUUCAGUUCAAAAAUCUCAAGAUGACGAUGAAUCCGAGCCAUCAAGCAUUAUACAGGAAAUAGCAAGUACGGUUGACAUUGCGCUUUGA